CAACACCGUUCGAGGCUCGAGGCUCGACAUCUUCCUCAUUUCCAAAAGUGAUCUCUAAGUCACAAGUCAACCUACAACAACAACCACGCAAGCAAAACUCAAACAUGGGCAAGUCCGACCGCAACGCUACCGCUGAACAGGAGUUCGCUGCUCUCGAGAAGUUGCUCGUCCAAACUGCUGACGAAGCUACCCAAUGCCUCAGGCUGCUCAAGAAAAACCUCUCCGACUACGACAGUCGCCAUGGCAACCACAUUAUCAACACCGCCAAGUCGUACAUGCGGAGCGACAUGCGCACCGCCAAGGACACGGCUGGUGACCUCAAGCGUGUUGCUCAUGAGAUUAACAAGAGCUCACAGCCAUCUGAGUCGGAGAUCCGCUCGGCCCGAAACGUGAUGGGUGCAACAGCCAAAGCCAUGGACCUCCUGAACACGACUGCACGCAACUAUGACCAGGAGAAGGGUCGGUCCAAGGGUGUCAAGGGUGCGGUCGACAACGUGAUCGGCAACAACGACAAGGAACGUCACGAGAGAGAGGGAGGCCUCUUUGAUAAGAGCAAAGAUACGGAGAAAGAAUCCAAGGGUACUGGUCUCUUCGGCAAGAGUGACAAGGAUACGGAAGACAAACACACCGGUCUCUUUGGCAAGGAUGAUAAGCACAAGGAAGAGAAGCAAACCGGUCUCUUUGGCAAGGAUGAUAAGCACAAGGAAGAGAAACGCACCGGUCUAUUCGGUAAGAGCGAUAAGCACAAGGAUGACAAGGACAACAAGCACGGCCUUGGUCUGCUCGGAGGCAAGACCAACCACCACCACGACGAACGCCAUGGCGGUGUUUUGAGUGGAUCUGACACGGUUGAAGCGCUGGUCAAGUCGACUCUGCGUGAGAACUUUAACCUCAGCGCUUUAAGCCACCAAAUCACGAUCGCAGAGAAGUCACUGUCGGCGUCGCCGGGCUUCGUGGAGCGUGCGAAGGAGGCGGUGCACGAGGUGAAGGAAAAGCUCAAGGGUGACAAAUCGAGUCCAACGAGUAAGAGCCAUCACGCUCACAAGCACGGUGUGAACCCAUGAGCUCGAGGAAUCCACACCCUGCCCGAUGAAUUUCGCUGUAUUCCAAGGUACAUUUUUUGAAAUGAAUGAAGAGGGAAUCUUAAUUCUUGAAAUGAAAAAUGCAUCAACGAUUGAUCUUGAGUUGUGCACGUUUGAUCACAAAGUAGUCCGCACGAUCAAUCACGGCAUCAGUUGGAGCU